GUAUGACCUCAGUCAGUCCAGAAACGUGUCCUUGUUCUUCGUUUUGACUGGUAAACACAGGAAAUUAUUUCAAGAAAUCCUCGUUCGGUAGCCCUGCACUAAUUCAGUUCGAGGUAACAAUAUCUGCCAAGGGAACAACUCCAUUGUUCUUGGUCAAAAGACACGGCCGCCCUCUCCCUCGAGGAGCCGUCAAUGGCGGGGAUAGUAGGAUCGGCGGUGGCAACCGAGGCGGUGAGCAGAAUAUCAUCUAUCCUCUCCGGCGACAAAGCUAGCCGCGAGAGCGCCGAGGGCAGGGCCGAGAGGCUCGAGAUGGCGGUGCUCAAGAUCCGCAGCGUCGUCGCCGUCUCGGAGGACCUCCACAUCUCCCACCCACCGCUGCUGCAAUGGAAGGCGAAGCUCAAGCGCGUCGCCGAGGAAGGCGACGACCUGCUCCACGCGCAGUACAAGAAGCGGGCGUUGGGGUGCGAUCGCGUCAGCAAUGAUCCAGCUCCAGCAGCAGCAGGUAACUCGAUCUCCCAGUUCUUGAUCCAAGCGGCCAGACGCUUCGCUCCGUUUCGCCGCAAGGAGGCGGAGCUGGACGACGUCACGCUGCGGAGAUUCGAGAGGUUUGCCGAUGGCACGGACAGCUUCUUCAGGCUGGUCGAGUCCGGCGGCCGUCCAGAGGGGUCCAUGUUCUUGCCGUCGCUGACCCGGUCCUUGCUCGCCGGCGAGUCGAUGGAGUUCUCGAUCCGGAGGGGGAGCGGUGGCGGCGACGACCUCGUCAUGCUGUGGCCAUGGCCGGAUCCGGGUGUCGAGGAUGGGCUGGUGGCUUGCCUCGCCGUGUCACGCGAAGACGAGGUUAUGUGGGAGAAGAACCUGAAGAUGUGCGUCGUGUUCCGUCUGUCGGAGGCAUCGGACAUUCUGGCCAUUGCCGUCGGUUGCUUGGAGCUCCUGCCGCCCCAAUUCGACGCUGCAGGAGUAGCCAUCCGGAGGCUGUUAACUGAAACAAUAGGGCAAAGAGGUGACAGCUCCAGCCUUUCAGAAAGAUCGAUAUGGUGCCGUCGACACAUUCAGAGCCACAGCCGUAAUGAUCGUGAGCCAUCUACAAGUGAUGAGCACAGAGGAGCUGGAAUGUUGCUUCCCCAUCCGAUGCUUCAGCUUACUGCAGCUUGUUAUGCCUCACCAUCCAUCGCCGGAUCACCGCCGUGUCCUGUGAACGCUGGCAUUCCUCUUAAACUGGGGUACCGUGUGGCUCCCUACUUCUUGCCUGAGAAGCAUUCCAACCAAUUCGAGCUGGUUGAGCAAGAUGCUGUCAGGAAGCUGCUGCCCAAGGUUACAGAUGGUUUCUAUGAUGGUCGAGGACAACCGGUGACCUGCAAAAGGGAGAUCUGGUGCCCACAAAGCUCGAUGUAUUGCAAGGUUGCUCCAGCGAUUUCAAAGCCGAUGACGAUGGCGCAGGCGUCCCUGAUGGAAAGUUUUGGUUCCCCUAGCAGGAGGAGAAGGAUGGCCAAAACAAAAUCUCAAUCUGUUUCAAGGUCGCGAAAAAGAUUGCAAAACCUGAACAAGUGAACAAGGAUGUUGCAUGACCUUUUUUUUCCCAACUGUAUGGCUUAUUUCAUCCCUCUAAUCCAAAGAGUUGAAAGGAGUGUUGCUCUUUAAAACUACCAAAAGGCGUACUCAAGCAACUAGAUAAGUAUAGGAAGCAUUGUCUUUGGAGAGGAUCUGAUUUAACGGCAAGACAACCACCAAAAUCUGCCUGGUCAAUGGUUUGCUUACCUAAGAAUGAAGGCGGACUUGGUGUUCUCAACCUCGUCACACAUAAUGACUCCUUGCUCCUAAAGUUUCUGAAUAAGUUUUUUUCUCAAAAGCCGACAUUCCUUGGGUGCAUCCACUAUGGGAAAAUUACUACUCCAAUGGUAAGUUGCCAGGACAACAAAAAAAGGAU